AUGUGGCGUAACUUUUGUUUGUUUAUUUGUUUUCUGUUUUUCAGCGCACUACACAUCGCUAUGCAAAUUUUCGUGAAAACUCUUACUGGUAAGACAAUUACACUCGAGGUCGAGGCAUCUGACACGAUAGAGAACGUGAAAGCCAAGAUCCAAGACAAAGAAGGAAUUCCUCCAGACCAGCAACGACUGAUCUUCGCAGGUGAGCUUUGCCUAUUUCUGUCGACUUGUUUAGGAAAGCAACUCGAGGAUGGACGCACUCUCUCUGAUUACAACAUUCAGAAAGAGUCAACCCUACAUUUGGUGCUACGUCUCCGUGGUGGCAUGCAGAUCUUCGUGAAGACGCUUACGGGGAAGACCAUCACCCUCGAGGUCGAGGCUUCUGACACGAUAGAGAACGUGAAAGCCAAGAUCCAAGAUAAGGAAGGAAUUCCUCCAGACCAGCAACGACUGAUCUUCGCAGGAAAGCAACUCGAGGAUGGACGCACUCUCUCUGAUUACAACAUUCAGAAAGAGUCAACCCUACAUUUGGUGCUACGUCUCCGUGGUGGCAUGCAGAUCUUCGUGAAGACGCUUACGGGGAAGACCAUCACCCUCGAGGUCGAGGCUUCUGACACGAUAGAGAACGUGAAAGCCAAGAUCCAAGAUAAGGAAGGAAUUCCUCCAGACCAGCAACGACUGAUUUUCGCUGCGGUUGUUUCAGGAAAGCAGCUCGAAGAUGGCCGCACUCUCUCUGAUUACAACAUUCAAAAAGAGUCAACUCUACAUUUGGUGCUACGUCUCCGUGGUGGCAUGCAGAUUUUUGUAAAGACUCUCACUGGAAAAACUAUCACUCUCGAGGUCGAGGCGUCUGACACCAUUGAGAAUGUGAAAGCUAAGAUCCAAGAUAAGGAAGGAAUUCCUCCAGACCAGCAACGACUGAUUUUCGCUGGCAAGCAGCUUGAGGAUGGUCGUACAUUGUCGGACUAUAACAUCCAGAAAGAAUCAACUCUUCACCUUGUACUUCGUCUCCGUGGAGGAAACUAG